CCCCAGGAAUGGAGUCGGUGUGGAAGGAAGGGCAGAGAGAGCGGCAGCCCUGGGCUUCCAGGCUCUUUCAGAAGCCAGGUGCAGCUGGGUGUGUGGCAACGUUACUUCACGAUGCAGCUAUGAAUCCAGCGGAAGUGGUCAAGCAGAGGAUGCAGAUGUACAACUCGCCGUACCACCGGGUGACAGACUGUGUACGGGCAGUGUGGCAGAACGAAGGGGCCGGAGCCUUUUACCGCAGCUACACCACCCAGCUGACCAUGAACGUUCCCUUCCAAGCCAUUCACUUCAUGACCUAUGAAUUCCUGCAGGAGCACUUUAAUCCCCAGAGACGGUACAACCCCAGCUCCCACGUCCUCUCCGGAGCCUGUGCAGGGGCCGUCGCCGCCGCUGCCACCACCCCGCUGGACGUUUGCAAGACCCUGCUCAACACGCAGGAAUCCCUGGCUUUGAACUCAAACAUCACAGGACACAUCACAGGCAUGGCUAGCGCCUUCAGGACGGUGUAUCGAGUAGGCGGAGUGACCGCCUACUUCCGAGGGGUGCAAGCCAGAGUCAUUUACCAGAUCCCCUCCACGGCCAUCGCGUGGUCGGUGUACGAGUUCUUCAAAUACCUAAUCACGAAACGGCAGGAAGAGUGGAGGGCAGGCAAGUGACAUGGAGCCGAGUGCAGCCAGGGGUUCGGGCAAUACGGCUGUGCCACUCCAGGCCCUUCUCUGCCUCUUGGCAUGCUCCACGGGGCAGAAAGGUAGAGGGUCCUCGGGCUCGGGCUUUCGCUUCCCACCAGGCCCCACCACCCUCCGAGGCCACCACUUUCCUUCCAGGCCAGAAGCAAGUGCAGCCGAGCACACCCGCAGCCCCUUCGACAGCCUCUCCAUCCUGGGCUGGCGACCUGCUCUGGACGGUUACAGAGGGGUCCGCAGUGCAGCCCCCUGGUUCCUAAUAAAAAGCCUUUAAAUUAA